CUUAAUCAUUUGAAUACAUCUGAACCUGAAAGUUUUCGUCGAAUGGGAUUUCUCUGUUGACCCGCUGCUCUCCGUUGAUGAGAUCGAAGAGCGUCCUGGGGAAUUAUUUGUGUCGGCUCCAGAUGUAAUUCCAGUGCAAUGAAUGGCAUAACAGGAAAGAAAAUGGCUAAAAUCUGCACAAAACAGUCAUACAUCUCACAAAGAUCUGCCUUCACCCCUGAGCCAGCUAUUGAAUGGAUCGAGAGAGGAGAAAGUGGUCAGCCACCCAAUGGACAAAUGGGCAGGAUGUUCCAGUUCAUUCUGAGGCUUAGAGGAAGGUCCACACAAUGUCAAGCAUCUGAAUGCAGUGAUUCAGUUACAGUGGAGGGGACUGAAGACAUGGGAGGACAAGAGGAAUCAUCUUGGGACAACAGAGGACAGGACCAACUGUGCAAGAGGAACUUCAACAACAAUACUGGCCAUUGGCCUCUUGCAACACUAAAUAUGAACAACUGCAACAACACAGAUGAUAAAAAGAAUGACAAGGAGAUAAAGAAAGAUGAUAAGAAAGAGGAACCAAAAAAGGAUGAGAAGAAAGAUGAGAAAAAGGAUGAGAAAAAAGAUGAGAAAAAGGAUGACAAGAAGGAGGAGGAGAAACCAAAACAAGUUUGGAUAAUUGAUCCAGCGACAGAUAUGUACUAUCACUGGCUCACCCUUGUAGCAAUACCUGUCUUCUACAAUCUAAUGAUGCUUAUUACCAGAGCCUGCUUCAAUGAGCUGCAGGAUGAUUUCACCAUCCUAUGGGUGGUUUUGGACUAUACAUCAGAUGCCAUCUACUACAUUGACACAUUUGUGAGAUCAAGGACAGGUUUCUUGGAACAAGGAUUACUUGUGAGAGAUUCUAAGAAGCUGUGGGAACGUUACAAAAAGUCACCGCAAUUCAGAUUUGAUGUGAUAUCCAUGAUACCGACAGACUUGUUAAUGCUGAAAUUGGGCUACAACAAUCCGGAACUAAGAUUCAAUCGCCUUUUCAAAAUGGCCCGUCUGUUUGAGUUCUUCGACCGCACUGAAACUAGAACCAACUUUCCCAACAUCUUUCGAAUCAGCAACCUUGUCCUUUACAUCCUUAUCAUCAUCCAUUGGAAUGGCUGCAUCUUCUUUGCCAUCUCAAAAACAAUCGGCUUUGGGUCAGACACUUGGGUGUACCCCAACAUUAGCAACCCAGAGUUUGGCCGUCUGUCCAGGAAGUACAUCUACUGCCUGUACUGGUCUACUCUCACUCUAACCACCAUUGGAGAGACACCACCACCCGUUAGAGAUGUUGAGUACUUUUUUGUCGUUGCUGAUUUUCUCAUUGGUGUCCUUAUUUUUGCCACCAUUGUUGGUAACGUUGGUGCCAUGAUCUCCAAUAUGAAUGCUUCCCGUGCUGAGUUCCAAGCCAAGAUCGACUCCAUCAAGCAGUACAUGCAGUUCCGAAAGGUCACCAAAGAUCUGGAGGCCCGUGUCGUAAAGUGGUUCGAUUACCUUUGGACUGAGCAAAAGACCUGUGAUGAAAAGGAAGUCCUCAAGAACCUUCCAGACAAGCUCAAGGCGGAGAUUGCUAUCAAUGUCCAUCUAGAAACCUUGAGGAAGGUGCGCAUCUUCCAGGACUGUGAAGCAGGACUUCUUGUUGAGCUUGUCCUCAAGCUUCAACCACAGGUUUUCAGUCCUGGAGACUACAUUUGCAAGAAGGGUGACAUUGGACGGGAAAUGUACAUUAUCAAAGAAGGUAAGCUUGCAGUGGUGGCAGAUGAUGGCGUAACGCAGUUUGUGGUUCUCAGUGAUGGCGCCUACUUCGGUGAGAUCAGUAUCUUGGGCAUCAAGGGCAGUAAAGCAGGAAACCGCAGGACUGCUAACAUACGUAGUGUGGGAUACUCCGAUCUGUUUGCGCUCUCAAAAGAUGAUCUAAUGGAGGCUUUGACUGAGUACCCAGAGGCCAAGAAAGCUCUGGAGGAGAAAGGUAGGGCUAUUUUGAUGAAAGACAAUCUUAUCGACGAGGCUGCGGCCAAUGCUGGCGCAGACCCCAAAGACAUGGAGGAAAAGGUCAACAUUUUGGAAACUAAUCUAGAGGUGAUGCAGGCCAAAUUUUCUCAUCUUAUGGUAGAUUGGACAAACAGCCAGAACAGGAUCAAACAGAGGAUCGCCAACAUGGAGGCCAGAGUCAAGACUCUUAGAGAGGAGGAUUUAUCCGAGGUCAUGGAGGAUAAAAAGAACAAAUAAUUCCGUGCAGAAAUAGAUUUACUUAACAGUAUGUCUCAGGAUAAUGCCAGCAUGGACACAUAAAUUGGAAAUAUAUAUAUUGGAAACGUCUGAUCUCAAGGUAGCACAACAACAUGUACUGCGCUAUUUAUAGAUGAUGCAUUCAGAGAUUUGGCAGAUCAUGAGAUCUAAACCUAAUUUGUAAAGGCAGGUAAACAAGUUUCAGACAGUUUCAGCCCCAUUAAUGCAGGAUUGUCUUGAAGUCAUUUCAAAAUACAGUGCACAAAGAACCUCUUCUGUUUUGGUAAUAAUUGUUUCUGAAACUGUCACAAUGAAGUAUUGCUUUGUAGUGUGUGAGCAUCAGGUAGUACAGUUUGGAUUGGCGGAAGCUCUGAAUUUUAAGGGGGUUA